CCUAGGCUCCGUUCCAUCUUCGCUUUUGCUCCUUUCCUAGCCCUGCCUUUUAGGCCUGCGCACUCGGAAUUUGGCUGCGCGCACGAGGCUCACUGCGCAUGUGUGUUGCCAGGGGUAGCGCAGGUAACCAAAGUGGCUGGCGGAGUGGGGCCUGUUGCUGAGGCGGGAGGAGGGGCCUGAGGCGUCAGGGAAGCCGCGAUGAGGGCCGUGUUGACGUGGAGAGAUAAAGCCGAGCAGUGUAUAUAUGACCUCGCAUUUAAGCCCGAUGGAACGCAACUGAUUUUGGCUGCAGGAAACAGAUUACUGGUUUAUGACACCUCUGAUGGCACCUUACUUCAGCCCCUAAAGGGACACAAAGAUACUGUGUACUGUGUGGCAUAUGCAAAGGAUGGCAAACGCUUUGCUUCUGGAUCAGCUGACAAAAGCGUUAUUAUCUGGACCUCAAAAUUGGAAGGCAUUCUGAAGUACACACACAAUGAUUCUAUCCAGUGUGUCUCCUACAACCCUGUUACCCACCAACUGGCAUCUUGUUCCUCCAGUGACUUUGGCUUGUGGUCUCCUGAACAGAAGUCUGUCUCCAAGCACAAAUCCAAUAGCAAGAUCACCUGCUGCAGCUGGACAAAUGAUGGUCAGUACCUGGCUCUCGGGAUGUUCAAUGGGAUCAUCAGCAUACGGAAUAAAAAUGGCGAGGAGAAAGUGAAAAUCGAGCGGCCGGGGGGCUCCCUCUCCCCCAUAUGGUCUAUCUGUUGGAACCCUUCAAGCCGAUGGGAGAAUUUCUGGAUGAACAGAGAAAAUGAGGAUGCCGAGGAAGUCGUUGUCAACAGAUAUUUUCAGGAAAUCCCUUCCAUUCUGAAGUCAGCAGUGUACAGUAGUCAGGGUAGUGAGGCAGAGGAGGAAGAGCCAGAGGAAGAGGACGACAGUCCCAGGGACGACAACUCAGAGGAACAUAAUGAUAUCCUGGCUGUAGCUGACUGGGGACAGAAACUCUCCUUCUAUCAACUAAGUGGAAAACAGGCUGGUAGGGGCACAGUUGAUAGCCAGUAG